AUGGGCAGCUCCAACUCAGGGGGACCGGUGAAUCAGAUGCUGCGAGCAGAACACGUUCGUGAGAAUGCACGAACAUCAGCCUAUAUUGACUUCGCAAGUCUGGUUCAUCAGCAGCGAGGAGGCCGCCUUCGCAACGGUGCGCGGAAGACGCUCCUCACAGGCUCAAAAGCAUGCCCACCAAGAUCCCAGACACUUGUUGCGGCAGUAGCUCACGGCUGCGAAUGUUUCGAAGUACUACGCAGUGUGAUAGCCAAGACAGAAGCUUUAUGCAGCAAUCGUCGUAAGAACAUCCGCCUUUGUUGCGUUGACGAGCUGGGGGGCCAGCCAGCUUCAAAGUGCUAUUUGAAGCCGAAGAAAUGUAACGUUGAACACAGUAAUGCCAAUUCUGCCUCUCUGAAACUCGUAGUUCGGGAGCUUUUGAAGACACAAAAGCUCAGGGCGGCAGUUCACAAGAGAAUAUCUGUCGUGAGGCGCCACGGCCUUCUCCUCUACCUGCACACGAACUCACUUGUCGCUGAAGCUUUGUUCAACCUACUCGGAACAGAGGGCAUACCACAACGUGGUACGAUUUGCCAGAAUACUCCUCUCAGUCAAAUGCCAUCUGUUAUUGACCCGAGAGCAUGUAUCACCUACAACGACCAGACAAAGUAG